AUGGCUGGUCUCAAUCCUCAUGUGCCUUUGAAUCUUGCUCAAGCUGCAAUCUUCACUGGAAAAGGGUUCAACAGUCCUGAAGACUAUAAUCGGUAUCUUCUCAAACUUCAGGAUCGUCCCUUAUGUCCAUCUGUAGCUCUUGAUCCUGUCAGAUUCAAUAGAUAUGAUAUGGACAUACCUAGGCUGAUCAAUGCUGUAGGAUGGUCUGAUUUGCCUCUCGACCAAUGCUACAGUUUUCGUCCUGAAGCAGUUCGCAUGUUUUAUGCAAACAUGAGACCCUGUUUUAACACCGAUCCUCCUACCUUCACAACCACAGUCUACAACUAUCUGCUCACCAUCUCAGUUGACCUACUGUCAUAUCUGCUUAGGUACCCUAUUCAAGGAGCUGAAGUUGUGGAUGAAGCUGAUUUUGCAGCGGUAGAUUUCAAUGAGAAUGAGGCUAUGCAUCUCUAUGCGAGGGAUAUUGGAGCCUAUCAUCCCACCAGAUUCGAUGCUAGGCGUCUGCCUGAUGAUCUAAAAGUACUGCAUUUCUAG